GAAGACGCCAUCCGUCACACCGUCUGCAGCAGUUCACCUAAUCGAGCGCACUCGAGGGAGCCUUGGGGUCCGAGAGAGGGGGUCCAACACGUGGUGCGAGGGCCCUGAUAGAGGUCACAAGCAAAGGUCAAAGCAGAGGAACCCCUCCGGAUGACUCCUCCCGGCAACACCAGCUCCUCAGGAGGAGCGGCGGAGCCGCAGUGCGUGGUCAACGACAAGAUGGUCGCCUUCACCGUCUGCUACGUUCUGCUCUUCAUGGUCGCCGUGCCGGGGAACCUGCUGUCGGCCUGGGCCUUCGUCCGCUGCCGCAGAACACAGCUGAAGCAGACCUGUGGCGUCUACCUGCUGAACCUGCUGCUGGCCGACCUGCUGCUGCUGCUCGCUCUUCCCUUCAAGAUCCUGAAGGACGCCAGCGCCGCGCCGUGGAACCUCCUGGUGUUCCACUGCCAGGUCAGCGCCGUCAUCAUCUACAUCAGCCUGUACGCCUCCAUCGCCUUCCUCGCCCUCAUCAUCACCGACCGCUACCUGCAGGACUGCGCUGCUCCGGUCUCCCUGAGGCUGCAGGAAGUGGGCUUCUCCUGGCUGCUGUCGCUGGUGGUCUGGCUACUGCUGCUCAUCAUCAUGGUGCCCAACAUGGCGCUGCCCACACAGCAGGUCCAGGUUCAGCCGUACCUCCAAUGCUCGUCUCUGAAGAAGGACCUGGGCGUCCACUGGCACGCGCUGACCGUCUUCCUCAACACGGCGCUGUUCCUCAACGCCUCGGCCGCUGUGCUGGUCUCCUGCUUCCUGGCCCUCCGGCGGUUCCUGCGCGGUGGCGGCGGUCCCGAGCGGCAGCUCCGGGCCAAGCGGGCGGUGCUCAGCAUGACGGCGAUGGCGGCGGCGUUCGUCCUCAGCUUCGUGCCAUACCACGCCGUGCGGACGCCGUACACGCUGGCGCAGACCAAGCUGAUCACGGACUGCCAGACCACCCGGCGCCUGUUCCUGGGGAAGGAGGCCACGCUGCUGCUCAGCGCGCUGCACCUCUGCUGCGACCCGCUGCUCUGCUUCUACCUGAGCGCCCCCUACAGGAGGGCAGUGAGGAGCCUGCUCCCCGGGGGCAGAAUGGGGGAGGAGGGGGGUGAGCAGGAGCAGGAGGAGCGGGAGCAGGAGGAGAACACGGUGACCAUGUCAGGACCUUCUGCACUGCAAGUGACUGAAGAGUUUCAACAAGUUCAGCACAGAACCUGAAGGAAGACUGAGGCUCUGUUUACACCACAACGAUUUCAAAUGAAAACACAAAGCUUUUGUUGCAUUUUAGGUGCUUGUUUACAUGACAGCGGCGCUGGAGCCACUGAAAACUCAACAGUUUGGAAAUGGCUCUCGUAGUGCAACUUUAUGCAAAGGCUCAGACUCCAUCGUGGUGAAAACGGGUGAAGAGGACAUUUUCUGGAAACGGUCAGGCUCAGGUUGAUGGCACAAGUGCUGAUCUGGUUCUGCUGGUUCUUCUAGUCCUGAUUCUGGUCCUGAUUCUGUGCUCCAUGGCCGGGGUAAAUGCUCAAUAGAUGUAAUGUUUUCCUCCAGAGUGUCGUGACUCCCAGUCCAGAUCCUUCUGGUUCUGGUCCUGGUCCAUACUCUCCUUGUCCUGGUGCCAGUCCAGAUCCUCCUGGACUUGAUAGUUCUAGAGUUUACAGUCACCGUUAAUAACAAUCCAACUUGGUGUCGUUUCCAAAUGAAGGUCGGUUCUCCAUC